AUUCCAUCCAAGCUUAGCUAUUUCUACAAUAUCUAUCAUAGCAAAAAUUCAGAAUGAAGUUGCUGGUCUUUACCAUUUUAGUGUUUGCUUUUGUGGCAAGUACUCAUGCAGGGAUAUCUCCGGAGGUUUAUUGGAAAGUAAAGUUGCCCAAUACUCCAAUCCCCAAAGUCAUUACAAAUUUCCUUCCCCAAUCCGACAACAUUUUUCCUGAGAUGAAACAAGACAACACUAAGGAGAAAGUUUACUAUGGUUUAAGUGGAUAUAUAGCCAUUAGCUGGCAUCAUGCUAUUAACUCGGCAUAUGAACGCCUUAUGCUAAAAAAGGUGCAAGAGAAGGAAAACCCUAUCAAACAAGUAACUGAUGGUCCUUUGAAUCAGUACUUCAUAUUGGAAAAGGACUUGGAGAAAGGUACAAUUAUCAACUAUCCCUCACUCUUAAACAAAAAUGAAGCACCAUUUUUGCCUCGACGAUUUGCGGAAUCCAUUCCCUUCUCGAUGGAGAAAUUCUCGGAGAUUCUCAACCAUUUCUCAAUAGAUAGUAAAUCGAAGGAUGCUCAAACGAUUGAGAAAUCAAUCAAACUUUGUGAAGAGCCUGAAGUAAAACAUAAAGAGAAGAAAACUUGUGCAACUUCUUUGGAGUCUAUGGUAGAUUUCGGGAUAUCCGUGCUUGGGACAAAUAAUAUCCUGGCGAUUACUUCUGAGGUACAAGGGGAAACUCAAGAAUCCCAACAAUACACAAUUGAACAAGUUCAACAAAUAGCUGAUGGGGAUAACAUGGUAUGCCACAAGCUUAACUAUGCAUAUGCACUACAUUAUUGUCACGUUGGAGGAAGUACAAAAACAUUUAUGGUAUCUAUGGUGGGUACUGAUGGAACAAAAGUGAAAGCAUUAUCAGUGUGCCACAAAGAUACAUCUUUUUGGAACCCAAAAGCGUUUCCCUUUGUAUCUCUCAAUGUUAAGCCCGGUACACCAAUUUGUCAUUUUCUUCAAGAUGAUCAAAUAGUCUUUGUACCGAUCUAAAUAGGGGACUAGGCUACGUGUAGUAAUGAAUAAGCCUCGACGCCGUCCUAGGUUGUCCUUUAAGAGUAGUUGUUUGCCUUUUCUGGUACUUUGUGUUCAUCUGUAAUGUAUCUUUCAUCUUCAUAAUAAAUGAAAAUGAUCUUGGCUUCAUAGUAA